GAGAUGGAGCCGAACUCACUGAAGUGGGUGGGCUCGUCUUGCGGUUUACAUGGACCAUAUAUUUUCUAUAAAGCCUUUAAAUUUUACCGGGACGACAAAGCGAGGAUCCUGUCUCUUGGAGACUUUUUCUUCGUCAGAUGUAAACCAGGGGAACCUAUAUGCAUAGCGGAGCUUCAGCUGCUCUGGGAAGAAAGAACAAGCAAGCAACUUUUAUCAAGCUCUAAACUUUAUUUUCUACCCGAGGAUACUCCCCAGGGACGGACGAUCAGCCAUGGAGAGCACGAGGUAAUUGCUGUGUCUGAGAAGGUGAUUGUGCGGCUGCAAGACCUGGUGAAGUGGACUGUACCAGACUUCUCAGGAUGGGCACACUGUCUGAAGGCCGAGCCCCUCAAACCCUCCGUACUUCGGGAGCUGGGCACCAAUGGGAGGCGGGAGGCUCUCCACCGCUACCGAGAGAGCACCCUGACCAGUGGACUCAACUUCAAGGAUGUCCAGAGAGAGAGGGCGCUGCUAGGCCAGGAAGAGGAUGGGCGGAAGAUUUUGGUCCUCAGUUACCCCCAGUAUUGCCGCUAUCGGUCCAUGUUGGCGCGGCUCAGAGAGCAGCCGUCCUCCCUGCUCAUCGACCACACAGUGCUGGCGCUGGGCGGCAUCGCUGCGCUGGGAGGAAGCACGAGGAUUCUGUACUGCCGGGACACCUUCGAACAUCCCACCCUGCUGCAGAAUGACAGCAUCUGUGAUGAGUUCGCUCCCAACCUGAAGGGCCGACCUCGGAAGAAGAAGCUGUCCAUCUCUCAGAGGAGGGACUCCCAGGGUCACGCUCAGGGACAAGGGUCAGUGGGGUCCACACAGGGGUCAGCAGCAGUGGCAGGGCAGGACCCCAGCAGCCCAGAGAGCAAAACUACUUCCAAGGUCAAACCCAGUUGUAAAACGGUACCCAAUGGAAAAAUAACCCCUGCGGCCAAACACAAGGCCAACGGUCUGAGCAAGAAAUCCUCAGCAGAGGAGAAGGAGCGAGGAAAGGAAAAGGAAAAGGAGGAGAGGAACGAGAAGGAGGAGAAGAAAGAGGAGGAAACAUCAGAGGAGAGCCGAGCUGAGGAGCAGGCUUUCUUAGUAGCGCUCUACAAGUACAUGAAAGAACGAGACACGCCCAUAGAAAGGAUCCCCUUCCUUGGCUUCAAACAGAUCAACCUUUGGACCAUGUUUCAAGCUGCUCAGAAACUCGGAGGAUAUGAGCUGAUCACAGUCCGCAGACAGUGGAAGCAUGUGUAUGAUGAAUUGGGCGGGAACCCCAGCAGCACAAGCGCGGCCACAUGUACACGCAGACACUAUGAGAGGCUCCUCCUCCCCUACGAGAGGCACAUCAAAGGCGAGACGGACAAGCCCCUCCCCAUAUCUAAACCCAGGAAGCAGGAGGGCGGCCAGGAGAAGGCAUCAGGAGCCAAAGUCAAAGGAACAGGGGCCAAGAAAUUAAAAGGCCUUGGCAACCUCAAGUCAGAGAGUAAAAAGGACAGAGGAGAGACGGUGGAAGGCCAAGAACAAUCACAGGACUCCAAAGGGAAAGCAGAAAAUCAUGACCUGUCCUCAGCUAUAAAAAAGGAACUAUCAAUGGGGGAUGAACCAAUCAUAAUUGAGGAGGAAGAGUUACAUCUCACCCUGAAGAAAGAAGAGUCCUUGGCAGGGGAGCAGCCAUCCUCACGCCGCCCCAAAGAGCCAGACUGCAGAGGCCCACAUGCUGGUCUGCCCCUCCUCCAUGCAGGCACAGGUCCCCAGCCUGAAUGGAUGCAUGUCAGCGAAGCCCUGCAAGCAAAACUCUCCUGUGAACAGCAAACUGAAAGGCAUUUCAUUCCCAAACACCCGUACCUGCCUCAUCGCUGGGAGCAGAACAAACCUCCCGGACUUGUUGCCCUGCCUGAGCCCUCCUCGAGGGUCAAAGACUCCUUAGAAAGCCACAGUGGGAGAGUGGGGAAGGUGUUACCCAUGUGUAAGCAGGCAGAAAUAGAGUGUAUAGACUUGAGCACAGAUAAAGAAGACUAUGGGGUGAUAAAGAAGGAGUCAACGCAGACGGCUGCCUAUUGCAAACCCAGCCAGGGUGUCAUGUCUCCUUUAGCCAAAAAGAAGUUCCUUUCCCAAGUGUGCGAGUCAAACCCUUUCUCCUUUACAUCCUCUUCUCUUCAGCCUCCACCUCCCACUGCUGAUGAAAGAGAGAAGGACAGGAGAAAAGCUGAGGACGAGAUGGUGGGAAAAAUCCCAGAGGUAGCACCCAUCUUCAGGCCGUCAGUCAUCCAGCAUGCUCAGAGCAGCAAGACACACCAACAAGCCAACAGUGGCCAAUCAGAGAGGAGCACCGCAGGUGAGCUUUCAGAGACUUACAAUAGCCGGAUGAGCCACCACCUCCAGCAGCAAGUCAGUCUCUCAUGGCAGCCCUAUCUGCCCCAUCCCCAUGCCCAGGAUGGCGUAGAAAACAGUGGAGAGACUCUCCUCCAGGGCCAAGCAACUCAGUCCCGCAGCUAUGCAGGGGACUGCUACUCUUCCCCUCACCUUCACAGUCUGUACCGGCAAACAGAGAGCUGCCUCAGUCAGGACAGGAUGGCUGGCUUCACCAAUGGGGAGCGGAGGGAGCACUACACCCGUGAACGAGAAGGUAACCAGGGCUUCGUCUGUGGUGGGCUGGAGCAAGAAGGCCUGGCGUACAGGUCUCAUUACAGCGAGCGGACUCAAAUACACAGUGAGCGGAGAGAGGCGGAAGAUGAGCCCAGAGACUUUACAAUCUCCAAACCUGUUUCUCAGAGGGUGUCCUCCUCCUCCUCCUCCUUCUCCAAGCCCUCCUUCUGCGGCCUCCCAUAUUCUGUCAUGCACCAGAGCAUGGAUUCCCACCCUAAGGCAUGCAGAGUUCCUCCCAUGACCAUCUCUCCUGCGAAGCAGAGCCCAGCAGAGUCAUCUUCGCAGCCGUAUCCCAGCCCAAAAGCUUCAAGCGAUUCCUCCCUCACCAGCCCCAUACGGCCAAGUAAGCGAAGCCUGGUGGAACCAGAGAGUGAGGAAGUCCCAGAGAGGAAAGUCCGCGUAGUGACUCCAAUACAUCCCGCUGGAGCGUUGAGACGCAGCGACCCAGAGGAGCUUAAACCAGCCGAGCCGGCCCAUGGAGUUCACCUCAAUAACCACCUCCCUGAAGGCCACCCUACAUCCACCUACCCCCCUCACCACGCUGCCCCCUUCUACCCCGGCAUGUACGCACAUAGCAGCCUGGUGUCACCCGGAGCGCAGGACGGGCUCCAGCAGCACCCGGGCCUGCAGUACCUAAAGAGCCAGUCUGCAGUGUCCCCUCUGGUGCCACCGUUAGCGUUCCACUCCAUGAUGCUGCACAGGCAGCUGCUGGCCUCCAGUCCCUCCCCACACCACUUCUACAGGCACCCAGGUGGGGCAGCGCUGUACGGAGAUCUGCUGCACCACCUGUACCCUCUCUCCACCCUCCCACCACCUCAGAUUUCCUCGGUACACCCCAGCACCAGACUGUGAAGUAGAAAGAGGAGUUAUUUCUCCCUCUUCUUCUUCUUCAUCCUCAGAAACUUUCAGCUUCUUUCUGUCUCUCUGUCUCGGGGAUCAUAGAAAGAAAACACUGAUUAUAAAACUUUGACUGAUUACAGACUGAUGCAGAGUGGAUAUUCCAUUUUCUUUUUUUAUUUGUGUAUGCAUUUGUUUAUAUACUUUGCACUGUUCUUCAUUUUUUAUCACCACUUACUGUAUCUGUUUUGUUGUAUUCUUAUUUGCACAGUGCUUAUGUGUUUGUGUUCACGAAUCAGCUUUUGCCGCUCUCGGUCACUACGAGUCAGGUCGGUGCUCUGGACGUGUGAAAAGUGGAGGGCAACAGAGUAAAGCCAUUUGUUUACUGCGUCUGAGGGCUACACUUUUCUGCUUAAAAAACACUACAAGUAAAUGAAAUUCUUUAUAUAACUAGAAAAAUCAUUGAAAGCUGUUUAGCGCAUUAUUACUCUUUAGGCAGCCUCUUGUGUUGCGUCUGUUUACAUGUCUGUAAGCUGUUGCCUGUGUGAGCCACAGUAAACCCAUAUGGACUCUUUGGAGUAGACAUUAACACUCACCGCGGUGCUUCAGAACAGAUUAUAGCUUCUAGGUCACAUUCAGGGUUGCUGUGUGUACCUGAUGUACUGUAGACUCACUGUUCGCACAGUUCAGGUUUGUUUUCACUUAAUUUCAGUUCAGAUCAAAUGACACAAGCAGUUUUAUGCUCAAUCUUUUGACAAAUCAUGAAUGUUUUUUUUUUUCAGUUAGAGUGAACAAAAGCAGGUUUAAUGUUGAAACUUAAAGUCAUUUGACCCAUUUGUGAUGAGUAGACUGUAGCAGCUUGUUCAUGUCUGUAGGACCAGCAGCGUAAUGAAGCAGCCGUCUGCUGCGGAAUGCUCACCACAAGAAAUCAGCAUUUCAUCUUUUUUGUUCUCGACUUGAAAAG